CUUAACAACACAAAAAUAGCGACAGGCUUGACGCGGAUGGCUCAGACGUUCAAGCACAGCACAUGUAGGUGGGGCUGGAUCUGGGGCCGGCUGCUCCGGUGCCCCAAAACGACUACCUUGUGUCCCAUUCUUUUCCGAUGAAGGACAGCAUACGUGCUGCUGGUUUACGACCCCUGGCGCAGCGACAGCGUCAUACACUACAUAAGGCCCGCAAGAUCGUCCAGCUCCCUUGCACCCAAUAUCUACCAACCCGCUCCAACGGCAAACCGAAUAAGAACAUCCAGUGAUUCGAAAAAUGUACAGCACGUACUCAAGUCCGUACUCCUCGCUCGGGCGCAGCGAUGUGUCGAGCCCAUCGCAGAGACGGCGAUCGUCGCCUAGAUUCGACCGGCCUCUUUCACUAUUCACGCCUUCUAGCGGCUCGCCCGCUCCCUCAAGGCGCAGGUCUGUCGUGAAGCUCUGCUUAGAGAGCAACGAAACCCAUCAUUAUACAGACGACGAAGUGAUUCAAAAAAUGGUCAUCAAGGACCUGCCAUGCGGGGCAGAAACCGCACCUGACGUCCAGAAAUACUUCGUGCUGUCCUUCGGGAGCUUCCCAGAGGUUGGAGAUCUGCGAGUUAUUGGCGACGAUCUGGUGGGAUGCUUCCAUAUCGACGCCUUCAACAUCUGUACGCCUUCGAAACUACGAAUAAGCGUCUCGAUAAAUGGCUGGAGGACGCAGCAUGUUUUCAUCGCGACAAGGAACGACAUAGCCAAGACUUCGUACGAAUUUCGGAUACCGUGCGGGCACGACAGUGCCUUCCCGGCGGAAGUGCGAGACGCUUGGUCCGCACAAACCAGCAGUCCAGAGGGCGCAGAUCCCAUCAAAGAUUUUAUCAUGGAUUUUCAAUCGGAACAUGAUGGCGAGAAAGUAAAAUGGGCCAUCGUUAUGAGCGUUGCAAAAAUUAAUGCUACAAGCGGAGCAUCCGAGCGCGAGCUCUUGACGCUGUCCGAAAAUGCCCGCCGUAGUAGCUACACUGGAUGUUCCUCUCCGGCUAGGCGCGGCUCACCCUCCAUCGGCAUUCGGAGCCAGUAACCCAUAGGCUGGUUGGGAGUCACUUCGCCAUCGCAUGUAGGCAGUAGAGUUAGCCCUAGUUUAGGAUCAUUAUAAUCUACGAAUAUAAACAUCCCUGUCGAAUGGGC